CCAGGAAAUGAUGAUGAUGAUGAUGAUGAUGAUGAUGAUGAUGAGUGUGUAGCUCACAGAACUGGGAGGAGGAACCAGCAGCAGAAACUGCGGCAGCGACAACUUUACAGGAGAAGAUGAGCGACGCCAACCAGCCUCGAGUGGAACUUUUCGUGAAGGCAGGAAGUGACGGUCAGAGCAUCGGUAACUGUCCGUUCUCUCAGCGUCUCUUCAUGGUUCUGUGGCUGAAAGGAGUCACCUUCGACGUGACCACGGUGGACAUGAAGAGGAAGCCAGACAUCUUGAAGGACCUGGCUCCGGGCGCUCAGCCUCCGUUCCUGCUGUACGGCAGCGAGGUGAAGACCGACACCAACAAGAUCGAGGAGUUUCUGGAGGAGAAUCUCUGCCCUCCCAAAUAUCCUCGCCUGGCAGCUCGUAACCCAGAAUCCAACACGGCCGGCAUGGACGUCUUCUCCAAGUUCUCCGCUUACGUCAAGAACUCAAACCCUCAGGCGAAUGAAAAUCUAGAGAAAGGCCUGCUGAAGGCUCUGAAGAAGCUGGACGACUACCUCGGCUCCCCACUUCCUGACGAGAUCGACGAGAAUAGCGCCGAUGAGGUCACUUCCUCGUCCCGCCCCUUCCUGGACGGCCAAGAGCUCACUCUGGCUGACUGCAACCUGCUGCCGAAGCUGCACAUCGUCAAGGUGGUGUGUUUGAAAUACAGAAACUUCAGCGUCCCUCAGUCCCUGACGAACCUGUGGAGGUACCUGAACGCAGCGUACGCCAGGGAGGAGUUCGCCUCCACCUGCCCCAUCGACGACGAAAUCCACAUGGCCUACGCCUCUGUAGCUAAAGCUCUGAAGUAGGGGGAGAACGGUGGUACACAAGUCCUGAAAAUACCAGCAGAGCAGCAUGCAAGAAGCACAGAAACACACACACACAGACACACACACACGAGCUCUACAAACAACGCGGUCGACAAGUCGCUCUGAUCGCUGUGACGCUUUCUGUAGCGUUGUCAUGCUGCUCUCAUGGGUUUAUUUUUAAACUGGAUGAUGUGAAAACAAACUGACGAUGACUUGUUGACUGUCAUCAGUGGAUGAACGGGUCAUUCCAGCCAUCUGCAGAUUCACCGUUUGUACUUUAAAAUGAUCAAAAAUGGCAAAUACUUGUCAAAAUCUGUUCAGAACCACAUAAUAGUUGUCCAAGUCUCACAAAAAUGACUCCUGUUGUGUUCAGAAUGUGUCCAAAAUAACAACAAAGUUUAAAAUAACUCCAAAAAUAUAACUUAAAAACAAAAAAAAGGCAAAAAUGACUGAAAAUCUCUGGAAUUAAAAAAAAAAAAAUGUCCAUAAUAACACAAAACUGAUUUAAAAAUGUUGGAAAUGAUGAAAACUCUAAAACUCUUACAAUGACUAAAACUCUAAAAUGUUCUCAGGAUUAUUCCAAAUUUGUCCAAAAUAACAAAAAAAGUAGAAAAUGUCCGGAAAAUAAAGACCAAAACACAUCAAAACUGACUUAAAAUGUCUUGGAAAUGAGUCAAAAUGUGUCCAAAUAUUGAUUGAGUUGACCUUGUGUCCAAUCUGGGCUCAUUGGUAGCGUUAGUUUGAGUUAAAAAGUCUUAAGGAUCGGUGGUGUCUUUUAUUUUCAUCAUUUUCUUUACGCCAAUCUGCGGAUCAGUGUUUGAAGAGCCAUAACUUGAGAAAUAACGUCGUGAGAGUCCUGAAAUUUGGUAGAACCAUUGAUAUGAAC